AUGGCUAACAGACGUGGUAGGGGAGGUUUUCGGAUGGAGGGUCGUGGCAAUACCAACGACAUGGAGGAAAUCAAGGGGUUGAUUGAACAACUUAGUGAACGCCUUGCUCGCAUCGAAACUCAAGGCCGUGAUGAUGGUGAGAGUUCCGACGGGGAGGAGAGUGUUCAUUCUCAUGGUGAUAGGAGGCAUGGUAAUAACCAUGAUCACCAUUCUUUAAACUUGAAGGACCUCCCUGAGUUUGAAGGAAGAAUGCGACCAGAUGAAUUCAUUGAUUGGCUUAACACCAUUGAAAGAAUUUUUGAUUACAAGCACACUCUUGAUGAAAGAAAGGUGAAGAUGGUGGCAAUCAAAUUGACACACAAGGCCUCUGCUUGGUGGGAAUCCUUGCGAUCUCGCCGUGAACGCCUAGGAAAGCCGAAGAUCAAGAAUUGGGAAAAGAUGAAGAAAGAAUUGCGAAAAAGAUUUUUACCAGAAAACUAUACUCAAAACAACUUUAUGAAACUUCACAACAUAAGGCAGGGGUCGAGAACAGUUGAUGAGUUCACAGAGGAGUUCGAUCUCUUGACUACAAGAUGUGGGGUGAUAGAGGAAGAGGAGCAGUUAAUUGCAAGAUAUCUUGGAGGGUUACGAAAAGAAAUUCAUGAUGUGGUGGUUUUACAACAAUAUUGGAGUUACAAUGAUGUUUAUAAAUUGGCUAGUGAGGUGGAGAAACAAUUAAAAGUACGUCAGAAGCGGCCUAGCAAUGAGGACUCCUACCACAAACAAAUUGCUGCCAAGUGGGUUGCACCAUCUGAGACUGAUAAAAACGGAGAACAAAAGAUUGAAUUCCAGAACAACCGCACCAAUCUCAAGGAGGGUGGCAAGCCUAAGAAGUGUUUCAACUAUUCGGGGUUGGGACAUAUAGCAUCUGAAUGUCCUAAUCGGCGGGUGGUGAACUUGGUUGAGGAAAUAGGAGAAACAAGUGAAGCAAGACAUGGUGAACUAAUGAUAUCUGAUGAUUGUCAUUAUUAUAAUGACGAAGAAGUUACCUGUAGUGAUCAAGGUGAGUCACUUGUGAUAAGAAGAACCAUGAAUGCAUCAAAAAUAGAAGAGCACCCAGAUUGGAAAAGACAUAAUAUAUUUCAUACAAAGUGCACUUCCAAUGGUAAGGUGUGUCAAGUUAUCAUUGAUGGGGGGAGUUGUGAAAACAUUGUGGCACAAGAGAUGGUAGACAAGUUGAACUUGCAAACAGAAAGGAAACCAAUAUCCUAUAAGCUGCAGUGGUUCAAAAAAGGUAGUGAUGUAGUUGUCAACCAACGUUGUUUGGUAUCAUUCUCUAUUGGAAAAAACUACCAAGACUCACAAUGGUGUGAUGUAGCACCAAUGGAUGCUUGCCAUCUCUUAUUAGGCCGUCCUUGGCAAUUUGAUAGGAGAGCUCACCAUGACGGGUACCAAAACACCUACUCUUUCUUGCAGGAUGGAAAGAAAAUUAUUUUGGGUCCAUCUAGAGCAGACUACAAACCAAAAUCAUCCAAAGCAGAGAGCUGCAGUUUUCUCUCCACAAAGAAGUUUUUAACUGAAUCCAAAGAGAGUGGGGAAUUGUAUAUGUUGAUGGUGAAAGAAGUGGGUACUGAUGAUUUUAGUUAUUCCAAGGUGUUAGCACCUUUGCUGGAGGAAUAUAGUGAAGUCAUUCCUGAGGAGUUACCUUCUGGGCUACCACCUAUGCGUGACAUACAACACCACAUUGAUCUCGUACCAGGUUCAAGUUCGCCAAACAGGCCUCACUUCCGCAUGAGUCCACAAGAAUAUGAAGAGCUCAAUAGGCAAGUAAUUGAGUUGCUACAGAAAGGAGUGAUCCGGGAAAGUAUGAGUCCGUGUGCAGUACCAGCAUUACUCACACCUAAGAAGGAUGGGACCUGGCGUAUGUGUAUUGACAGUAGAGCAAUAAAUAAGAUAACAGUAAAGUAUAGGUUUCCAAUCCCACGCUUGGAUGAUAUGCUUGACCACUUAUCUGGAGCUAAGGUAUUUUCAAAAAUUGAUUUACGAAGUGGGUACCAUCAGAUAAGGAUAAGGCCUGGAGAUGAAUGGAAGACUGCUUUCAAGACCCGUGAUGGUCUGUUUGAGUGGCUUGUAAUGCUGUUCAGGUUAACGAAUGCCCCUAGCACAUUCAUGCGACUCAUGAAUCAGGUAUUUCGCCCUUUUAUUGGAAAAUUCGUGGUUGUUUAUUUCGACGAUAUUCUUGUGUAUAGUCUUAAUGAAGCAGAACACUUGAAGCACCUACAAGAGAUUUUUGAAGUAAAAAGUAGCAUUGAAGAAAAUAACAAGCUUAAUUCACUUUCCUUAGUUAUUGUUGGAGCUGCAUGCGUUUUCCAUUUAAAUAUCCAAGCAAUGGGAGAGGAGAGGCAACAGUCAAUAUACCCAAGCAGACAUAGAUAUGAUGAGAAAUGA